AUGCCGGAUCAUGCAAGGGAGCAUGAAAGGACAGACAGGGAUCCGCGUGAGGUAGAUUCGUCGGAUAAGCCAGUCGACUCGUCAAACGAUGAGUUUGCGCACGAGAACUUGCUGGCAGAGUUCUCAUCCAAGUUUCAUCUGUUUAGGCAAGUGGAAGAAAACAAGAACAUGGAGGCUUACGAGCACGGGCUUAUCAUCCGUGAGGAUAUUCAAAACAUCCUUCACAAGUUCAGAGACCGAGACAGACCCUGCCAUAUCUGCAUCUUCGGGCUUAUGGGCCAUGGAAAGUCAAGAUUCAUCAACCUGCUGUUGACGGGAUUGAGCAGACAGCCCGUCACCUCCUCUGCCUCGGAUGAUCGUGAUGGUGAGGACUACGUGAGGGUUGUCAAUGAAGUGCCAAGCGGUUCAGGAUCUACGACUCGUUCCUACUCAAAGUAUGCGCUGCCAUUGCUUGCUACCCAAGGGCUCGGACGAAGUAUGUUUUUUGUGGUAGACACAAUCGGGGUCAAAUUCAACGAUGAAUUUCGACCAACUAAGGUAGUCAACGAGGUUCUGCCUUGCGCAGGGCCAAACGCUGUCAACGUCAUGAAGGGAGAGGACGUCAUGCAGAUACGAAUGGAAGACGAUCGUUGGUGGAAUUUAUCAACUCUUUCCGAUUUUCUUUGGAGCAAGACGGGUCUGCGACUCCCUGGAGUUCCUAUCGCGCUGCAUCAGUGCCUUCCUGUAGGUCAAAUCUCCUCUGAGCCCAAGGCAACAAUCGUGCUCCGUGGAGGUCAUGUGAUUCGGAGUGUCCCGAUCUCAAAGCUGGCGGACCCCGAUGGUGUUAACUGGACGUACACCGAGGAUGAGGGUUUCAAAGACAGGCUCGCCACUGUUUCCGUCUACAAUGACGAUGACAAGUCCACAGGCGAGGAUACUACAGGAGGAUCAUGCACGUAA